CCCCGCCAUGCAGCAGCAGCGGUCUGCCGCUGCUAGAGGACCAGAAAUCUGAAGCUCCCAGAAUGAGGAGAUCAAAAUGAUGCUGCCUAUAAAAAGGGAUUAAACGUAAGCAAUCUGUCGUCAGUUGAGCUUAAAUCCGCCUCACAUCCCUAGUCUGUUUUUCUGUGCAAAUUUAUUUUAAUGACUAAUGCAUUUUUCUAGGACGGCCGCGCGCCCGUUGGUGCAAGUGUGAGCGUGCUAAUGACAGAUGCAUCGUGCUCACUUUCUCUGCUGCAGCACUAGAAAGGAAUUGCAGCGCGGAGACGCGGAGGGCCUUUAAUGCAAGCUGUUGUUUGGGUUUCAAACCCUCUGCUGGUCCAGCCCGGGCGCCACCUUUCUGGUGGAUGCUAAAGAUUUGCCCGUGGGAGUUAGGGAGACAUGCCCACGCGUGACUGACCAUGAUGAAGACCGAACCCACAUCCAAGAGCACCGGCUCGGGCUCCACGCUCCGAAGCCCAUCCCCGCACAGGAACGCGUACGAGGCGGGGAUGCAGGCCCUGAAGCCCGUCAAAGACAAUGCCGCAAACGGAGACCUGCAGGAGGGUCCCCGGGGCCGGAGGUACGGCUCUAACGUGCACCGGAUCAAGAACAUGUUCCAGCAGAUGCAAACCACGUCCCCGGCCGAUGCGGAGGGGGAGGACGGCGCGAGGAACGCGGACAAAUCCGUGCGCCUGUCCCUCCCCAGAGCCGGCAGCCUGAACGAGAACGUGGACCACAGCGCCCUGCUGAAGCUCGGAUCAACCGUGUCCGAGCGAGUCAGCAAAUUCGACCCCAAACCGGACAACGGGCACCAGCGGGCCUCGUCACCGAGCUACUCCAAGCUGCAGGAGACCCGGCGCAUCUUCGAGGAGAGGCAGCAGCAGGAGAAGCUGGCCACCACCAGGGUCCUGCUGAAGACGGACAAGGCCUCCGGCUUUCAGGAGGGCCGGCUGGAUGUGGUGUCGCGCUUCAACGGCAGCACCGAGUCCCUGGACAGCUUGGACACCAGUGACGCUGUGUCCCCCACGGUCAGCCAACUCAGCGCCGUGUUUGAACGCGCGGCCGAGCUCCGGAACAACCUCCACCGCCUGUCCUCCACGCCGCCGCUCCCCUCUCGGGGGGUCAGCGCCAAGGUGGGCGUGUUGAACUCAAAGAUAAUCACCAAAAGGGUCUUUGCAUCUGGUAACCAGGAGAAGGGAGAGAUAAGCAAUCAGAAAGGCCAAGAGGGGCCAUCAAGGGGCCACAUAGGGAGGGUGACGCCCCCAUCUGAUAGCAUAAAUGGAGGCCAAAGUGAUGAACUUCUUGGUCAGGUGGGAGACCAAACAGUUUUACGGAGUGAGGCGAAAGGUGAGGAGAAAUCCGGCUGCACAACACUUCAAGGUGACACUCGCAUGGAAAAUGGAGGACCUGCUGCUGAAAGGCAGGAGGUGAAGGAUGCAGGGGUGGAGGAAGACAGGACUGUCAGAGAUGACCAUUCAGUUGAUAACAGCACCUGUAAUGCUAUGGGGGAGGACUUUGAGGGAAGCCAGAAGGAGGAGGAGGAGGAGGAGGAGGAAGAUGAUGAGGAGGAUGACCGAUACGAGCCAGAGUCCAGCUGUGUGGAGAUUCCUGGGCUGAAUGUGGAGGAGGACCCACCUCCUUCGAGGAAGAUCCGCUUCAGCACAGAGCCCAUCAAGGUAUUUGCCACCUAUCCCAACGAGGACUAUGACAGGCGUAAUGAGGAUGUGGAUCCCAUGGCCGCAUCAGCUGAAUAUGAAUUGGAGAAGAGGGUGGAGAGGCUGGACCUGUUCCCUGUGGAGCUAGAGAAAGAUAGCGAUGGCCUGGGCAUCAGUAUCAUCGGCAUGGGUGCAGGGGCUGAUAUGGGCCUGGAGAAACUGGGCAUCUUCGUCAAGACUGUAACAGACGGGGGAGCAGCACAUAGAGAUGGAAGGAUCCAGGUGAAUGACCUGAUUGUGGAGGUGGACGGAACCAGUUUGGUGGGGGUCACCCAGAAUUUUGCUGCCUCUGUACUCAGGAACACCUCAGGAACAGUCAAGUUCGUGAUCGGACGAGAAAAGCCAGGAGAACAGAGUGAGGUGGCCCAGCUGAUCCAGCAGACGCUGGAGCAGGAGCGCUGGCAGAGAGAGAUGAUGGAGCAGCGGUACAAUCAGUACAUGGAUGAGCAAGAGGGAGCUGAAUAUGGCACAGAUGAGGAAGAGGAUGAGGAUGAGGAGACCAGUCCACCAUAUCCCAACGCCAUUGAGGUUUUUGACUUGGCAGAGAACGAGGACAUUUCGCCUCUGGAGACGGAUCCAGAGAAACUGGCCCAUAAAUACAAAGAGCUUCAAAUAAAACAUGCUGUGACCCAAGCUGAGAUCCAGCAGCUGAAAAGGAAGCUGCACCAUGCGGAGCAGGACAAGCAGCGCUGGCGCAUGGAUAAGGCCCAGCUGGAGCAGACGCUGCAGGAGAACAAGGAGCGGAUGGAGAAGCUGGAAGGCUACUGGAUGGAAGCUCAGAGCCUGUGUCAGGCGGUGGACGAGCACCUGAAGGAGACACAGGCUCAGUAUCAGGCGCUGGAGCGCAAAUACAGCAAAGCCAAGCGAAUGAUCAAGGAGUAUCAGCAGAAGGAAAUCGAAUAUCUAAAGGAGGAGACUCAGCGUUGUGCACAAGCUGGAGCCGAGACCUCCCUUCUGAAAGAGGAGUCGGGACAACUGGAAGAGGAGGUUGCCGAUCUGGAGUGCCGGGUGGAGGAACUGAAAUCCGAACCUCUAUAAAAGCCCCCCCCCCCCCCCCCCCACCUUAUUUGCAUAUGAUCCCCCAACGACCAGAAGUGUUAUGGUAUUUAGACUGAACUGCAGGGUAUGUUUUGUCUCCAGCGUGGUGGUCGCAAACUGUGUCCUCAGGCCUCGUGUUUAACCACUAAACCCUUUUAAACCGUGUUUUUCUGUUUAAUAUUUAUGAAAAGUUUUACGAUCUGGAAUGCAGAAUUGGUUAAACUUUAGAUGUUUUCAUUUCUUUUUUAUGUUUAUUUUUUAAAGUUCCGUAUUUUUUGCCCAGAAUUUUCUUGUUUUGUGACAAACCAAGCUGUUUACUUCAGUUGCCAAACAACAAAAGUCCUUUUUCUUUUUUUCGCCUAGCUCUGUGACCUUAUUUUCUGUGUACAGAUGUGAAACUGUGUGGUUUAUCAGUUCGGUUUGUAAAAAGUUUUAUUGUGUAUAACAUUUAUCAUAAUGUAAAGUCAUGAGCGGCUUGUAAAUUUUAUUUGAUUGGACCGAGACUGCACUAGACAUGAAGGAGGAGCUUCUGUGGACGGAAGAAUCGAGGGUGGCAUUCUAUUUUUCUUCUUCUUCUUUUUUUUUUUUUAAGUGUACAAACUGUAACCCUACAUUCAUGGCGGGUCACCGUGACGACCACUAGCUGCCUACCUUUCUGAUGUGUUCCCUUUUUACAACCAACCCUCCAGUUUCACUUCUCGUCUUUCAGAUCAAGGACCAACUUUAGAAAUAAACUACUUCUCUUUUCUCCUCCGAUAGAUGUUAAGGACUUGUGUAACUGAUAAUAGCUAGAACUACUGAUAAAAGAAACAUUACAAAAACUGGAGAAGGAACUUUUUAGUCUAGAACCAGCAAUGUUGAAACACAUGGGGGGGUGAAAACACUGCCAGGUUUCUACCGGUUUUUCACAUACAUUAAAUGUGCAACCUGUUAUAAUCAGUAUGUUUGUAUGACUCAAGACUUCAAGGUGUUCCUUUUAAGGUGUAGUUAAGGUGGAAAUGUGAGCUUUUAGGAUACAAACUGACUGGAGCAUCAGUUAUGUAAAAGGUAGAUCUGGGUGAAAAGAAAUAAAAAAACAUGAAAAACAGGCAUGGUUAUGACUAUUUUCAUAAUAUUGAGGCUUGUACAGUGCACAUGCUUUGCAUUGUAUGUUUUGUGGAAUAAAUGGUCAUCAGUGAAGAUCAA